AAUUCACAGUGCAAUUAUAAAGACUGUAAACGUCGAAAGGCUGUCUGUCUCGGUAGAAUGGUCAGAAGGGGACUCAACCAAAGGAAAAGAGAUUGAGAUUGAAGAUGUGAUAACAAUAAAUCCAGAGAUUUUAGAAGAAAUUCCUUCUGCUUCUGAUGUGAAAGAGAACCUGCCUCUGCAGGAGAAUGUAACUGUACAGAAACAAAAACGUAGAACAACCCUUUCAAAAAUUCCUGCUCCACGAGAAGUAUUACGUAGCCGUUCUACCAGGAUGUCUGUUAUCACAGAGUCCCAGGGCAGCCUCCAAGAUAAUGAGAUGGAGGUGGAUCCCUCCACUUCUACACAAACAAGAAACCAUUCAACAGUGCCUGCUGGCCGAGCCCGAACUACCAGGCCACAUUGUGCUACAGAACCCUCACUGACAAAUGUACAUGAAGUUCUAGAAGAACAUCCAUCUAUCAGAAGCAGCUCCUCAGCAAAUCCAGUGCGGAGGAAAUCUAAUAUUGUGAAAGAGAUGGAGAAAAUGAAAAGCAAGCGGGAAGAGAAAAGAGCCCAGAUAAGUGAGAUCAGAACAAAACGGGCACAGGAAUUUGAUAGCAGCUGUCCAAACUGGGAGUUUGCACGGAUGAUCAAGGAAUUCAGAGCUACUUUAGACUGCCAACCAAUAUCUAUGAAUGACCCAAUAGAAGAGCGCAGGAUCUGUGUUUGUGUAAGGAAGCGCCCUUUAAAUAAGCAAGAACUUCACAAGAAGGAAUGUGAUGUGAUUACAGUUCCCAGCAAGUGUGUCCUGCUGGUGCAUGAGCCGAAGUUGAAAGUGGACCUAACAAAAUAUCUGGAGACCCAGGCAUUUAGAUUUGAUUUUUCAUUUGAUGAAACUGCUUCCAAUGAAGUGGUUUAUAGGUUCACUGCGAGGCCUCUUGUACAGACCAUCUUUGAGGGUGGAAAGGCUACGUGUUUUGCGUAUGGGCAAACUGGCAGCGGCAAAACACAUACUAUGGGAGGCGACUUCUCCGGGAAAACUCAGAAUGUCUCAAAGGGGAUAUAUGCUUUUGCAUCACGCGAUGUCUUCCUCCUUCAAAGCCAACCCAGGUACAGGAAUCAAGACCUGGAGGUCUAUGUGACAUUCUUUGAAAUAUAUAAUGGAAAGGUGUUUGAUCUCUUGAAUAAGAAGGCAAAACUCCGAGUGCUUGAGGAUGGAAAGCAGCAGGUCCAAGUGGUUGGCCUCCAAGAAAGACAAGUCAGCUGUGCAGAUGAUGUGAUCAGAAUGAUCGAGAUGGGCAGUGCCUGCAGGACAUCUGGACAGACCUUUGCAAACUCUAGCUCCUCACGGUCACAUGCCUGCUUCCAAAUCCUACUACGCAGAAGAGGGAAAUUACAUGGCAAAUUUUCCUUAGUCGACUUAGCUGGAAAUGAGAGAGGUGCAGAUACUUCUAGUGCUGAUCGGCAGACACGCAUGGAAGGGGCAGAAAUAAACAAGAGCCUUCUGGCUUUGAAGGAAUGUAUCCGAGCACUAGGUCAGAACAAAUCUCAUACACCUUUCAGGGAAAGCAAGCUGACCCAGGUGCUGAGAGACUCAUUCAUAGGGGCAAACUCCAGGACCUGUAUGAUUGCAAUGAUUUCCCCAGGCAUGAGUUCGUGUGAGUACACCUUAAACACCCUGAGAUAUGCUGACAGAGUGAAAGAGCUCAGUCCUUACAAUGGUGGGAGUGGUGAGAUGCAGAAUUGUAUGGAAACAGAGAAUGAGGAACUGGACAGCAGUGAAGAAGAGUCAAGUCUUCAGCAUGACCUCUCCAAGGAGGAGGAAGAGGAGUUGUCUCCCCAUAUGUCCAGUUUCCGUGAAGCCAUGACUCAGAUUAGUGAACUGGAGGAGAAGGCUGUAGAAGAACUCAGAGAAAUGAGACAGAAGAUGACUGAACUCAAUGACCUGUUGGAAAUGACAGAGCAACCAGACUAUGAUCUGGAGACAUUUGUGAACAGAGCCAGAUGCUUCAUAAAGGAAGGAUCAAGAAAUUUCAUCAGCAUGGGAGAUGUCGUGGAGUCCCUGGCUCUUGCCCUGCAGCUGGAGGAGCAGGCCAGCAAGCAGAUGAGUAAGAGGCGGCCUCAGUAAACGUACCAAACCCUGAUUCACAGCCACCGUUUUUCUCUUCUCUGUAUGUGUCUGUUAACUCUGCCUAUUUUAAAUGUGAUACAAUAAAGUCUACUUCAGUCAGGUCUACCUGAAGACAAGAGGUCAGAAUAGCAGCCUUUGACCAUGCAGUAAUUGUUCUAGAAAUGCCCCCUUGACAGUGGGGGAGGGGAAACUUGUAGUUCUUCCUGUCAUUAGAUGCCUCUUCCCCUCAUUUAGUGACAAUUAUCGGCUCUGAUGUAACUAGAUAAACUUGUGUAUGCUAGUGUACAUAAACUUUUUUUUGCUUCUAGAUAUAUUGUAAAAUGGUUUAAAAACUGCAACUCUAGCUGCUUUACAAAGGAAAUGGACUACACUUAAUUGUAAAAAAUAAAAUAAAGUCUGUAUUUUUUUUAAGAUGUUUGGCUGGUAGAUAAAUAUUCCUGGAUUUAUUAACUGACUUGUGGAAAAUUCUCUGAAGACCUUCCCUCCAGAACAGACUGGCCUUUAUGGCAGAGACUGGCUUUUGGGACUGGUUGGUCAUUAAAACCUUUUGACGUUUGUAAUGUUUGUAUUUAAGUAAAAAAAAUCAAUUAAA